AGUAGCUUCCCAAACCCCCUCUGCAUCCAUCCUCAUAAUCAGCACCUCUUCGAGAACCUUGAAGGAAGAAAAAAGGGGUGGGGGGGGGGGGGGGGGCAAGUGGCAAAAAAUGGUCCGCAGCAUAAAAAAUCCAAAGAAGGCAAAGAGAAAGAACAAGAAAGGAGAUGAGUCAUCUUCUUCUUCAUCAAUACCAUCCAUGCCUACGAAGGUCUGGCAACCAGGUGUCGACAAGCUUGGAGAAGAAGAAGAACUUGAGUGUGACCCUACCGCUUACAAUUCCCUUCACGCCUUUCACAUUGGCUGGCCCUGCUUAAGUUUUGAUGUAGUGCGCGAUUCACUUGGUUUGCUUCGGACUGAUUUUCCACACACAGUGUAUUUUGUUGCUGGAACUCAGGCAGAAAAACCUGAUUGGAACUCAAUUGGAAUAUUUAAAGUGUCUAAUGUUUCUGGAAAACAACGUGAAUUGGUGCCCUCCAAAACUACAGCUGGUGACUCUGACAUGGAUACUGAUAAUAGUGAUAGUGAUGAAGACAGCGAUGAUGAAGAAGAGGGAGGAUCGGCAACACCUGUUUUGCAGUUGCGCAAGGUUGCUCAUAGAGGAUGUAUUAAUCGUAUUCGUGCUAUGACACAAAAUCCCCAUAUAUGUGCUUCUUGGUCCGAUGCUGGUUAUGUUCAGAUAUGGGAUUUCAGCACUCAUCUGAAUGCUUUGGCAGAGUCAGAAACAGAAGUUCCCCGGGGAGGUUCUUCAGUUUUUAAUCAAGCUCCAUUAUUUAACUUCAAAGGGCAUAAAGAUGAAGGCUAUGCUAUAGAUUGGAGUCCUCGUGUUGCUGGAAGGCUGGUAACUGGUGACUGCAAGAACUGUAUUCACUUAUGGGAGCCCACAUCUGGUGCAACAUGGAAUGUUGAUGCUACUCCAUUUACUGGUCACACUGCUAGCGUAGAAGAUCUACAAUGGAGUUCCACAGAAGAUCAUGUGUUUGCCUCUUGUUCUGUGGAUGGGCAUAUUGCAAUAUGGGAUGCACGUCUGGGGAAGUCACCAGCUAUUUAUUUCAAGGCACAUAAUGCAGAUGUAAACGUGAUUUCCUGGAACAGGCUGGCUAGUGUCAUGUUGGCAUCUGGAAGUGAUGAUGGAACAUUUUCUAUUCGUGAUCUUAGAUUGUUAUCACCAAAAUCGCAGGAAGAAGAUAAAUCUUUAGUGGCACAUUUUCAAUACCAUAAGCACCCUAUCACAUCCAUCGAGUGGAGUCCACAUGAAGCCUCCACAUUGGCAGUUUCAUCAUCUGAUAAUCAACUGACAAUAUGGGACCUUUCCCUGGAAAAGGAUGAGGAAGAGGAAGCAGAGUUCAAAGCUAAAACAAAAGAGCAAGUAAAUGCCCCAGCAGAUUUGCCGCCUCAACUUUUGUUUGUUCAUCAGGGACAAAAAGACUUGAAAGAACUUCACUGGCAUGCUCAGAUUCCAGGAAUGAUUGUGUCUACUGCCUCAGAUGGUUUUAACAUCUUGAUGCCUUCAAACAUACAGAGUACUCUUCCCUCUGAAGGUGUUUGAAACUUCAAGAUUUUGUAAACAGAAAUCUGAGUAGGACAACCAGCUUGUGUUUGAAUGGCAUUGAUGUUGUGCUGUCUUCUUCUUCCUGUUCUCAAUGUGCCUUUCUUCCUCCUUUUAAGGAAGAUUGAUGCGGUAAAGGUUUCUUCAAAAAGCAAGUAGCUUCAUAUAUAUAUAAUGUCUGUUAUGGAUGUGCUUCACGGGAAAGAGUAGCUGCCUCAUCGCGGAGCAUUAAGCUUUGGCAUCUUUAUCGUUGUACUUGAAGUCCAAAUAACCCUUCUGGCUGGAUGUUUCCAGUGUAUUGCAGAUAAACCCGUGUUGGUAGUCAGCCUAUAAUCCACAAAGUAAGAAACAAAAAUUGAAUUAUAGCAGCAUUGUGGUAAUAUGAAUUAUGAGCAAUUGAUUUAGUUAUUCUUUCAGCUAGUGUACAAGUGUGCGGCCGAAAUAGCAGGACAUAUCUUGGUUUUGUAUUUGCAUUGCGAGCGGGAAAUCACUUGAGUGCGGCAUUUGCAUGGUGAAUGUUGCCAUUUUAUUCUUUGCCAAUGUAAUCUACAGUCUUAGUUUCUAAAGACAAUUGGCUUUUACGUUGCUU